GCUAGAUUCUCUCUCCUGCUGUACUUUUUGUGUUGCAGCUCUGUUUUUAUUGGAUGUUGUUGUGUUUUCAGUCAGCCAAUGAAAACAGUAGCAGUCCUCGGAGGAGGUAUUGGGGGUUUGGCUGCCUCUUUCUACCUCUGCAAGAAUCCCCAGGUUACCAAGGUAAUCGUUCUGGAGUCCAGCAGUCGUUUUGGUGGUUGGCUGUGGUCACUGAGGCGGUCUGAUGGGGCCGUGUUUGAACUGGGACCAAGGGGGAUCCGACCUGCUGGGGCAGUUGGAACCAACACACUCAAUAUGGUGGAAGGUCUGGGUCUGGAGGGAGAUAUUCUUCCAGUUUCCUACAAUCAUGUUGCCUCUAAGAACCGCUAUCUGUAUGUCAAUGGACAGCUCCACAAGUUGCCUUCUGGAAUAAGUGGAAUUUUGAAAACAGUCGCUCCAUUCUCCCGCCCCCUUCUGUUCAGUCUCCUCACUGAGAUCUUGGUAAAGAAAGGAAGAGAAGAGGAUGAGUCCAUUCAUUCAUUUGUCUCCAGGAGGCUUGGAAAGGAGUUGGCAGACCUAGCUAUGGACAGUGUGUGUCGGGGUGUGUUUGCGGGGGACUGUAAGAAGCUGAGUGUGCGCUCCUGCUUCCCUUCGCUCUACAAGGCUGAGCAGCAGAGAGGAUCCCUGACUCUGGGCUUCCUGCUGGGCUCAGGUUCAGCACCUGUGAUUGUUCCUGGACAUCUGGCUCAGAGAGCAAAGAGAGAGGCCUGGGCUCAGUGGUCUCUAAAGAGGGGAGUGGAAACUUUGCCAGAGUCCAUUGCUGAGUUCCUCCAACAGAGUGGCAAGGUGGAGCUGCACAGGGAUGCAGCUGUUAGACAAAUAAUUCCCACAACAUCUGGAUGGAAGGUUUGUAAGAAUAUCAUGACUAGACCUGAAUAUGGUAUUGUAAGCAUAGAAUUCUAUCAUCUUCAUUACUUUGCACUGAUGGUUUGACAAUGUACUUAGAAGUUAGGCCCUGUAGUGAAACGGUAAAGAAAUUACCCGGGGCCAGGGCCGGGCUGACCUGUAAGUAGGGCUGUAUAAUUAAAUCGAUUCUACGAUAUGUAUCGAUAUUUUCCUCCCUCGGAAGGUACCGAUUUUUCAUCCGCGAGUAUCGAUCCAUUAAAUCAUAGGGGUCCACAGGUUAUAUGCGUCUUUUUAACAUGUCUGACUUGUGACGGCUUGGCAGCAAGACUCCGCCUCCCCCAGUCUCACUUUCAACUUGUGCUUAAAGAGUACAUUAUAAAAUACACACUAGUUUUUAAAUUGUGUUAAUAGGCCAAGUAAAACCGGAGUUAUGCUAAAAUAAGUAAGCCAUAUUUUUCCAAAUGUCAGAGAAAUGUCAAAAACCGGCUAUUCCGGUUAUGUGACAGGGAAUGAACUUCCAAACGUAAAAACGAAAUGCAACAUUAGAUUCCUUUGGUUUUUAGAAAUCUCAAAUCUUCAACAAAUAACGAUGGGCUGUGUUUUGUUGCUAAGAGACAAAGUAAAGUUGCUCAAGUUACGGUGAAAGAGAAGUGGAACGGUGUAGCAACAAAAGCAGUGAGAUCGCGAAAUUAAUACAUAGUUUGGAUAUUGGAGCGAUCAGUGGCAUCCACUUCGUAAUUUGUUUUUAGCUUAGUGGUUUCUGUUCUGUAUAUAAAGGAUU